GCCGGGUCGGAGGAAGUGGACAAAAAAGAAGAACUUGUAGAAGAAGAAUGGCCCGGGGGCGAGGAGGAGGAGGAGGAAGAGGAGGGCGCAAGAGAUAUGGUAGUGGAGGGCAAGGAUAAAGAAGAGGAGGAGGAGGAAACGAGGAGGAGGACGCAAGAUAUAUGGUGGUGGAGGGCAAGGAUGAAGAAGAGGAGGAGGAAAGGAGGAGGAGGAGGAGGAAAAAGAGGGAGGCGGAGGAGGAGGAGGGAGGAAAACAGGUGGAAGAGGUGAAGGAGGAAGAGGAGAGAGAUAUGGUGGAGAAGGAGGAGGAAGAGGAGAGAGAUAUGGCGGAGGACGAGGAAGAGGAGGAAGAGGAGGGAGAGGAGGAGGAGGAGGAGGAGGAAGAAGGAGAAGAGGAGGAGGACGGCGAAGGUCAUUAUGGCAAUGAGGAGGAGGGAGAGGAGGAGGAGGAGGAGGAGGAGGAGGAAGAAGAAGGAGAAGAGGAGGAGGAGGAAGAAGGAGAAGAGGAGAAGGAGGAGGAAGAAGGAGAAGAGGAGGAGAAGGAGGACGAAGGCCAUUAUGGCAGAGGAGAAGAAGAGGAAGAAGAAGAAGAAGAAGAAGAAGAAGAAGAAGAAAAAAAAGACAAUAUGAUUGGGGGUGGCGGGAGGACGACGAGGAGGAGGAGCCGGGAGGAGGAGAGAUAUAUGGCGGAGAAGGAGGAAGAGGAGGAAGACGAAGGAGAAGCAAAGGAAGAGGACGAAGGAGAACAGGUGGAGGAGGAGAAGGAAGAGGGGGAGAGAGAUAUGGUGGAGGAGGAGAAGGAGGAGGAGGAGGAAGAGGAGGAGGAGGAGGAGGAACAAGAGGAGGGUCGGGUUUGGGGGAGUAUCGGGAGAGAGUUGACAGGAGGAGGCGGAAGAAGAAGAGGAGGAGGUGGAGGAGGGGGAGGAUGAGUAGGAUGAAGACGAGGAAGAAGAGGAGGAGGAUUAUGAGAAGGAACCUCGGACUAGCGAGCUGCCGCAAAACAAAAGGGCGCGACGUCG